CUUGCCUCCGCCUCCAUGACUCCAACCGCAACAGUGCCCUUGCGGAACGCCUUCCCCGAAUCCGCUGGCCGGGCCGGGCCCCGUGUCGCUGACGGCUGUGCUGACGGCCGGGCGCCGCUCGUGUGUUCGCAGCUGACGUUCGACACGUUCACCGUGGGCAAGUUCGUGUCGUUCACGUCGGAGGGCUGCCCCGACGGCCACAUGACCAUCCGCGAGGGCGGCCGCCCCGACACCGGCGGCCAGUGGUGCGGCAGCGCCUGGGGCUACACCGUCUACUACAGCGAGACGCGCUCCCUCAACCUCACGCUGCAGCUCUACCGCCUCUCCGAGCAGGGCAUCGGGUACAACUUCGACUUCAAGCUGGCGUACAAGUUCCUGCGGCGCGGCGAGGCGCGACUGCGCUUCGGCAACAGCACGGCGGCCACGUGGCGCGGGGAGCUGGUGCCGGGCACGUACUGCGACCGCGUGCUGGACCGCUGCGACUCGCGCGCGUGCCGCGUGCAGAGCCCCAACUACCCGGGCGUGUACCCGCGAAACCUCACCUGCUACUACCGCGUGGAGCAGCGCGCCGCGCCGCGCGGCCAGCACGCCCUGCUCGCCGUGCGCCAGCGCAACUCGCACAAGAUCCACAUCAAGGACCAGAUCGUCAAGUACGACCGCAGCCAGCGCGUGCUCAGGGUGUGGGACCAGUGCAACCUGGUGCAGGACUACCUGACGGUGUACGACGGCGGCAGCACCACCGACCCCGUGCUGGUGCGGCUGUGCGGUGGGGACGUGGUGCCGGACAUCGUCAGCUCGGGCCCUUCCAUGCUGCUCGAGUUCCACACGUCCCCGUUCGACAACCCCUUCCACCCCGUGCCGCUCUCCUACUUGCCCGGCUUCGAGCUCGAAGUGCAGGUCCUGCUGGUGGACGCGCGGUCGCACUCGUACGUGCGCGACGGCGCGCACUGCGAGUUCCUGCUGUCGAGCUUCGACGCGGCGUGGGGGGUGCUGGAGAACCCGCGCCACUCGCUGCCGCCCAACACCACGUGCCGCUACCACUUCCAAGGGCGGCGGCGCGAGACGGUGUGGCUGGCGUUCGUUAAGUACCACGCGGCCAGCGCCGACGCCGCGCCCGCGGCCUUCGACCCGGCCGCGCCCGACUGCAACGCGCGCCUGCGCAUCUGGGACGGCCGCAUCGGGCCCGACUCGCCCGGCGCCGCGCCCGCCAAGACGAACGUGUCGCUGCUGGGCGAGUUCUGCAAGGACGAGUCGCCGCGGCUGUGCGACCACGCGCUGCUGUCCAACAGCACGCGCUUCACGCGGCCCUGCGCGCUGGCCGAGAGCUACGUCUCGUCGGGGCCCGAGCUCACGCUCGAGACCUUCCUGCGCCAGGGCAGCGCGCUCUACCCGGUGUCGUUCGUGCUGCGCUACGAGUUCGUGGACACGGCGCUGGAGGGCGCGCCGGUGCGGGGCGCGGCGAGCGCGUGCGACCGCGUCUUCACGUCGGCGGCGGCGGCGGCGGCCGCGGCGGCGGGGAGCGGGGGCGUGUCGGCGGCGGCUCCCGGAACGACCGCCGUCCCCGGCCGCCGGGGCUUUCCAAUCCCGCGCAGGGGCCGUUGCUUCUUCUACGCGGGCGCGGCGGCGCGCAAGAACCUGAAAGCUUGCGUUGCUUUGCGCUUCGAGGCGGCCCCCCGGGGAAGCGCGUCUCAAGCUUCACGUUUGCACGGCCGGCGCCGCGGUUCGGCGGAGCCGCCCGGCGUGCAUUGUCGGCGCGGGACGCUGCGCACGGGGCCGCUGGAAGUGGCGCGCCGCUGCGCCUCAAAGUUCGCCCAGGCCGUGUCGCGCUACCUGAGCAAACGCACGACGCGGCCGGCCGAGCUGUGGGUCGCCGGAGUACCCUGGCCCCGGCGUGCAGCUGCCGCGCGACUGGCCAUUGCUCGCGCCUCACCACCGCUCGUCAUCAACACGCUCAGUCCUCGUAGUCGUGAAGGUUGGUGGAAGGUGUUCAGUGACGGGUGGAACCGCAGCGGGAGCGGCGGAGGGGGAGGCAACGGCAGCGAGGAAGUGCCGGCCGCCAGCAACCCGCUGCUGCUGCUGGCGCCGCACGCGAGGAGCUUCGUGGUGGAGUUCCUGGAGCGGGAGCCCGGCAGCUACGCCGUCACGUGGAUGGAGGUGUCCAAGCGGCCCCUGCUCACCGCCUCCAGCUCCUUCGUCAUGAGCUCCAUCAACAUGCCCGACUGCCCCUACCGGUGCCCGGAGCUGAACGCGUGCAUCAGCGCGGCGCUGUGGUGCGACGGCGCGCGCCACUGCCCGUCGGGCUUCGACGAGGAGGACGCCAACUGCGCCUACCAGUUGGGCGUGCCGCUGCUGUACGUGGCGAUCGGCGCGGCGGCCCUGGGCGCCCUGGCGCUGCUCAUCGCCAUCACGGCCGGCGUGAAGCUGCGCCAGCACCGGCGCGCGGCCGCGGCGGCCGAGCGCCAGAAGCACAAGACGGCGCCGGGUCACGUGACGCGCGGCGUGGUGGACGUGGCGGACGGCGGCCCGCCCGCGCACGCGCAGCUCGGCCACCCGCGCGGCCCGCGCCCGCACCACGCCAACCACCUGCACAUCAACCACCUGCACAACAACGGCGACGGCGUGGUGCCCGUGGGCAAACGCUUCCCGCCGCCGUCAGCGCCCGAUGACCUCUUCCUCGACGGCAAGGACAGCCUGUGUUGACAGGACGUCGUCACCAUGGAGACGACCGUGUGACGCGCCCCGCGCCCGCGCCCGAGCCCGCGCCCCGAGCCACGCCCCUUGCGCUGAUGCACGUGAUGGCCCCAGACCGGAUGCAGCAGGUGCGGUGCAGCUCCCCGUACGAUUUGGCUCUGUUGAGUUGUACCCUUCGAUGUGUGUUCAACCCUCCGAGGAGUGUUGAACCCUCGAAAUAGUGUUGAACCCUCUGACGAGUGUUGAAUUCUCCGAUGAGUGUUAAGUCCUCCUACGAGAGUUGGAGGACGCGACGUAUCAAUUUUGUUACGUACUCGUAACUACACGCGCUAUUUCCAAAGAGCUUAAAACGUUUGCUUGGAAAACGCUUGAAUUUUCGCGACUCUAUAAUGUUUUUCCCACUCGAUAUUUCGCGAUGACACUCGUAGACUGUGACUACGGUGCAAACUGUUUCCAUGCAAUUACCAAACGUUAAUGUGAAAAAUGUAAGCCAAGAUGAGAAUACUAAGUUCAUAAAUGAGCUUUUGAACUCUAUGCGACGAAAUAUUUGAUAAAAGUACUGUAGUGUGAAUAUUCAAUUUGAAUAGAAUGGGUUUUUGCUAGAAUGGGUUUCAAGGAGCUGGAUAAUAAAACAGUCAAAUCUCUAAAUCAACUACAACGACCGUUUUAUUGAAUUUUGCCAUUAAGGAAUGUACACACAUCUAAAUUUUCGAGAAAUAACAUUACUACAUUUUGUAAAGAGAGACGCUUUAAUUGUGCUUAUUUAAGCUGUGUAUUCUCAAAUCUUUGUAUACAUAUGUCAUUUUCAGUGUCACAUGAAUGUUUUGCUGUGAUUUGUACGAAGCCAGAUAACUCAGUUACAGAUUUCAAGUUGAUUAACUUGAUGCUUCUAUGUUGGGAUUAUUAAAUACACUUUUAUAGAACUAUGACUCUUCGUGAGAUGGAUCAACGUAUUGCUUAUAAGACAUACGUCAUCAUUCAGAUUGGCAAUAGCUACAAUAAUGAUUAUUGAUUGUAGUGUGUCCCUUCGACGACCCUUCACAGACCAAACUGGGCUGAGAUCCGCGUGCGUUCAAUAGCAUGGGGUCAUCACGUGAUCAGCGCUUGGAUGCUAUUCCUCGGAAAAGGGCCUAGGAGCAGUCAGGGCGAAAUUACCACUGCUUUUUAUUUGUUUGCUUUCAAGCUUCAAUGAAUUUUGUUGUUACUAACCCACUUUUUUGUGUCGAAGCACUCUGAAGGAAAAACGUUAAAUCUGGAAUUGUCUAACAUAAAGCUCAGAAAUAUAUUGAUUUUCUUCAAAUGAUUUUCGGUCCUUUCAAUAAAAGGGAAUAAGCAGUUUAAAAUAUACGUUUGAUAUAUAAGUUCAAACUAAAAGCAUAUACUGAGAGCAAUUUUCCUCAGAAACUUCGACACUAUUUUUAUUUUUGUCGCUUUCCCUGUAAACAGUAUUUAGUUUGUGUACCUAUUACGUCCGCGACGAAGCGGAAAUGUGAGAAAACAAAGCUGUCGCGUAUAGCUUUGUUACGCAAGACAGCGCCUCAAGGCGGCGCGACGGUGGACUUCGGCGUCGGAGGAGAUUGAGGUUAUGUCUGCCCGAGCGGAGACGACGGUGGCGGCAUCGGUGAGAUCCACGCACGGCAGCGCGCUUUCCCUUUUAUUCCUCCGAAGGGGCAACUCCCCCGCCUGCCCGCGUGCGGACGAAGUCGUCUGGCCGCCAGGCAGGACGCGCUCGCCCCGGCUUCCUUCCACCUGAGAGCACAAGCGAGAGAAGACGCCAAGAUGGCGGCUGCGGGCGCCUUUGUGAGCAGAGAACAGUUGAAGCGCGGCGUGCGUGGAGAGACGGCCUCGCACGUAGACCUCGCCCCCGCCGCCGGCAGAAAGAAAGAGAGACAGACAGACACAGAAAGAGAAUGAGAGAGAUAAAGUGAGCAGAGCGAGGCUGGAAGGAGGAAGCGAAGGAAAAGGAAGAAUAAAAGGAUGUGACGGUUUUAUCGGAGCGAACCGGCGCGCUGGGUGACAUCCCCCUUUCGAGUCUGCCCUUCCUCCCUUUUUCUACCUCCACCAAGAGAGAGUCAGGCAAGUCCCCCGCUGGCUCUACACGGGUCUCCAUGGUGAUCGCUCCCUGCGAACCAACUCGCCGACCGGUGACAGUGGAAGAAGCGACGGUGUCUUGGACGCGCACUCUGACUAGUGACAGACCCCGACUCAACUACAGGAUGUGUUUUUUUUUUUCGUAGGCUCUUUUGAGCGAACAUUUUGGAGCACUAGAGGGCGAACGAGGUCGUCACUUUUCAGAAAGAGACGCGAGUGAUAUAACCGUGCGCAGAUGACCGAUUUCAAACUGACACGUAAGUUCUUGUAGUGAGAGAUCUUCGUAUGGUUUUCAGCGAGUGUGUUCGUCUUGUUUGAUACGUGGCUGUGUGGAAUGUAGCAGACGACGAUUUUCUAGAAGGUUUGGGUUGGUACGUGGAGGCUACCGCCUCUCGCAGAUUCUGUGGGGCAGUUUCCGGACUCUUCUGCUGCCAAAGAGAUGAAAAAAAAUGUUACGUUCUGCUCUUGCACGAAGCCAAAGAACUUCGUAUGAAGGUUGCAAUGCGAAACCUUUGUAAAGCGAGAACGGGCAUGUAGUCUUUACGAGGCGAUGUCUUUGCUCAAAUUCCGAACAUUGGGGAGAUGGAUUCAUAUUGUUUCGAUUUGUUCAGAGCUGUACUACGUUUUGUGUGAAGACAUACCUACGUGAAAAUCAUACAUUGAUUGUAAUAUGUGGGAAAAUAUUUUAUGUGCAGAGUGUUUAAAUAUGUAUUAAUAUUUGUUUUAAUGGUGUUUUCUGUUUAUGUAUAACAUAUAUAUGAGAUUGUCGUUGACACUGAGAGUGUUCGGAUAUGUUUUAAGCUAACCGUUGUUUUUAACACAGGGGUUUAGUAAUUUCAGUGGUGAAGGGUGAUUUGUGGAAUGCGUCUGUAAACACAUUAAAAUUGAAAUGUCCAGUAAUGUUUGUAUUGUAUGUUUCUUUGUAAUCAUUUCAAUGUUUUCUAAGCUUGACCCCUCCUCUCCGUUCAAAGCAGUUACCAUGGAUGUAGAAAAGAAAAAAAACAUGUCACCGAUUAAUUUUCAUGUCUUAGCAAAGCCCAAUGAAAAAUCUUGUUCACAAUACGACGUGAUGGAAAAAAGCUUUCGUCACCACGACAAGUAAAUCAAUAUUUUCAAAUUUAAAAACAGAUCACUAAUGAUUUUCUCUACUUGGACUAAUUAUAUAUAGCAAUUGAAAUAAAGUAUAAAAUCUUUCAAUUUGUAAAUUGUUUUGGAAAUAAUGUUAUAAUUAUUCUAAUUUACAUUUAGUAAAAUGUCAGUAAGCCAAAUAUAUUAAAUUUAAAGAACCGUUCAAUCUCUAAUGACGAACAAAGAACUUCGACAAAGCUUCUAUCUCACAACGUCCUCUUGUGAACAAUGAUUACAUGGGGCAUUGAAACUGUAUCAAAGGUCGGUGCGCAUCCAAUGAGACGGAACGUGAACUAUUGGGCGUGUGACAUUUGUUCACUGACGUGACACCAUACCGUGCCAUUUUGUACGCUGCUUUCGUAGCCAAAAGUAAGUUGUGCAGUUGAACUGCUUUGUUUGAGAAAUUUGGGGCACAUUUUUGAGUUUCAUGACGUAUUUUAUUACAGAGGUGAAACUCAAAUUUUCAAUUGGGAGAUUGAGAUUUUACAGAGAAUUUUACACCUAACAAGAGACAUUUGUAAUAUAGACUUAAGAAUCGUGCCAAAAAUAUCACUUGUAUAAUGAGCUCUUUGAAAGCAACACUAUAAUUUGUAGCGAAAGGCCACAUUUGUGUCAUGGUGUAUGGAGAGCGCUAAAAGUGAUUACGUGAUUUUUGGAGAUUUCUUGUCUCCCCUGAUUUCGACCCAAUGCUUCACGUUCUCUAUCCCAGAGACGAUAAAAUGUGAACGGGUGAUCCGAUUUGUAUCCUUCUGGAGAAGUUUUUUUUCUCAAGAUUUGUUUUCGAUUCCUCAGAUGCUGUAUCCCUGAGCGCCACACUCAUCAUGUCUAUAUGAGUCCAUGUGAAACUAAAGCUGAACAAGACUGGGUGUGAGAAUCUUCCCCUUAAUAAAAUUAUUUUGUACAAAGAGUACAAA